UUCCCCUUUUGUAUUUUCUUUCCCUCACUGCAACCCUGUUUUCCUCAGUUUCCCCUUUCCUUCUCGGACAGUUGCAGUGCCAUCGCCGUUAGUUUAUGGUGGCGCUUGUCCCUCCCUCCUCCUUAAUUUCCUCUUUUCUUUUUUAAUUUUUAAAACCUAAAAAUUGUAAGCUCUUACCUGGUUCUUCCUUUCCUAAAUCUGAUUUUGAAUUUAACGUUGUAGAAUCUCAACGUAGAGUUAUCAAAAUCUGAUUCCUCAAGCUGAUAUAGCUUUAGUCAAGAGCUUUUAGCAAUUAUACAUAACAGCAGCUCAAAUUGUACCCUUGCCUCUAAGUUCUCUGUCAAUCUUAACCGACUAAAGCAAUGGGAAGAGAAAAAGAGAAACAAAAUCCAUCAGAGAAAGCCCUAAAUCUCCUUCGAACUCGACUCUCUAACCCUAAUUUCAUCUUCAAACCCCUCUCCGAUUCUCCUGACAGCAACUACAGUAAGUUAAAGUUUAUAAUAUCGAGUUCAGUUACAGAAGCAUGCAAUAAUUCGAUUCUGCUUCUUGGUCCACGUGGUUCGGGGAAAGUCGCGGUUUUGGAACUUGUUCUGGGCGAUCUGUUACAACAAUAUCCUGAAGUAAUAUCUGUGAUUAGACUGAAUGGCCUAUUGCAUAGUGAUGACAAUUGUGCACUAAAGGAAAUUGCUCAACAGUUAUGUGUGGAGCAUCAACUUUUGUUCUCGAAAGUGGCAUCAUUUGAUGAUAACUCCCAGUUCAUGAUAGCAAUGUUAAGGGAAUGUGGAUUAGCACAUAAAACAAUUAUUUUUGUGCUUAAUGAAUUUGAUUAUUUUGCUCAGGGAAAACAAAGAUUACUUUAUAGCUUGCUUGAUGCAAUGCAGUCUGUGACAUCACAAGCUGUUGUCAUUGGUGUGAGCUGUCGACUGGAUGUUGACCAGCUUCUUGAAAAAAGAGUGAGAUCUCGUUUUUCACACAGAAAGCUGUUGUUUCUUCCUCCAUCUAAAGAAGAUACAGAAAGAUUCAUGGAGCACAUUUUGUCAUUGCCUGUAGAUUCAAGCCUUCCGCACAAUUACACCGUUGAAUUUAAUGCAAGGCUAAAAAAAAUUUUAUCAGAUGAGAGAUUCAAAGAACUAAUUAAUACCUAUUUGAGUUUCAAUUCUACAAUUGGUCAUUUGGUUAGGUUUCUAUUUCAAGCUGUUUCUUAUUUGGAUUUGGAUGUUGGAUUCCUUUCGCUUGAGAACUUCAAAACUGCACUUUCUAGCAUGCAACGGCAGCCAAAGUUGGAAUGUAUAAGAGAUUGCUCCAUAUUGGAACUCUAUCUGUUGGUAUGCAUGAAAAGGUUGGAAGUUAAGGAACAGAAUUCUUAUAACUUCAAUUCAGUUAUGACAGAAUACAAGAGCAUACAUGAUUCAUUCCAGACAUCUGACUACUAUGCUAGAAAUGUUUGUCUACGGGCAUUUGAACACCUUCUACAGCAUCAGUUGAUUAGUUUUGCAGACAACAGAGGACACAAUCAAUCUGUGGAAUUUCGUCCCGUAAAGCUUCUAAUUUCACUGGCUGAACUACAUCAGGGGCUGAAGUCAUAUCGUUUGUGUCCUAUGUUCUAUUUGGAUCUUAUAAAAAUAGGAUUCUGGAUUUUGCCACUUGUUCAAGCCUGCAAAUUGCACAAAAUACCAGCAUUUGAUUCAUUCCUUGUUUGCUAUGUUAACUACUAUUGUUGUGGUGCUUCAUUCUUACCUUUGAAGAUGGUCAAAGUGGCUUUCAGUAGGCAAUUGUCUUGACCGCCGAAUAAAUGCAUAGUCUCUUGUUUCACUUGUAUUGGUACUAUGUGAGUUGGAAGACUAUUCUGGACCAUGAAAUGCUACCAGCUUAGUUUGUGUUUACAUAUAUGGAUAUGCAAAUUUACUCUAUAUCCAGGAUUUAAUGUUUGAUUUUGCAAAUCUGUUCAAAGUUUUAAGAUGGUUGAAGGUAGAGGGUUACCUAAAGAUACAAAUUUAUUCAUUCAGGGUAAAAGCAAUGAAGGAGCAUAAUUAUUUCGCUCUCAAUUUCUCAGUUUUAAGAUGGCGAUAAAGGGUUGCCUAAAGAUGAACUUUUUGCUAGUUAAAUUUUCAUGUAUCUUGCAUUCAAUUUAUCCCAUAAUUAUUUUGUUGAAGUAAUAGAAAUAUAAGUAUCAAAUAGUCAUAGAAAAUCAGACUUACCAUUCAAAAUGCAUCGUCUGCAUGUUUAAUCAUCAUUCUCCUAUUUUUACCUUUCACGAAAAUCAUACAUGUUUAGUUCUACUUGAGGCUUGUGACUUGUGAGGACAUAAGUAAUAUUUCUCUCCAUCGAAGCGGUCCAAUUUUUGGAAAUUGAUAGUCAUCUCUCUCAAAGAGUAGUAGUUCUCCAUUUUCAAGUAAAACAAAAACAAGCCUAAAACAUGUUGGAUCUACUUGGGAGGUUAGGUAGGCACAAGAUAGGGGAAUAAAGUAAAAGAAAUGGU